UUGUCACUGUCAUUUACAACGAGCAUUUCAACGACCUACAAGUCGAUAAAGGUCAAUCUCCUGGUUUCAUAAAAAUUCGUCCUGAUUUUCUAGACGUAAUACUCAAAAUUGUAAAUCAAAAAUGCUACGAACGAUUUUAGUGCGAAAUCAAAUAUUAAACGAUACAGUUAAAAAAGCAAUCCGGUGUAAUAUAACGAGAUGUUUAAGCACAGAAUUGGCAAGACGAAAGCAGCCAAAUAAGCCAUUAGGUGUAACACAACAUAAGAUAAAGCCAGAACACAAAUGGGGAAUUCAAAUCAGGAGCUAUUCAAGUCUUCCAUCACAUUCAAAGGUAAACCUACCAGCAUUAUCACCGACUAUGGAAAAUGGGUCUAUAGUGAGCUGGGAAAAGAAGGAGGGUGAUAAACUAAGUGAAGGUGAUCUUUUAUGUGAAAUCGAGACUGAUAAAGCCACAAUGGGCUUUGAAACUCCAGAGGAGGGUUACUUAGCGAAAAUCCUCCUACCCGCCGGUACAAAAGGUGUCCCCGUAGGGAAGUUGCUAUGUAUUAUAGUUGAAAAUCAAGCGGAUGUUGCAGCAUUUAAAGAUUACAAGGAUGAUUCCACAGGAGUGCCAUCAAAACAACCACCGAAACGAGCGGGUGAUGCUAAACCGGCUGCGGCACCAGCACCAGCACCAGCAGCGCCAGCGGCUCCAUCUCCAGCUCCAGCUGCAGCCCCAGCUGUAGCACCAGCUGUGGCCCCAGCUGCUGCUGAACAUGGCAGGUUGUAUGCUAGUCCAAUGGCCAGGCGAUUAGCUGAGCUUAAGAAUAUGAGGUUGGGUGGUCAAGGUUCAGGGCUGUAUGGGUCAUUAAAGAGUGGUGAUCUCGCAGCUGCGGGCCAGCCUGCAGCGGCAGCUGCACCACCAGCUCCAGGUGCUGCUUACACAGAUAUACCAUUGACCAGCAUGAGAGAAGCCAUCGCCAAGAGGUUGUCACUAUCCAAACAAACAAUACCACAUUACCAAUUGACUGUCAUAGCUAAUGUUGAGAAGUUGCUGGAAAUGAGGAAGAGGAUUAAUGAAAAGUUACAGGCUGAUAAGUCUGAUGUUAAGAUUUCAGUCAACGAUUUUAUCCUUAAGGCUGUAGCUUCAGCCUGUAAAAGAGUACCAACAGUCAAUUCACAUUGGAUGGAAACGUUUAUUAGACAGUUCAACAAUGUGGAUGUCUCAACAGCUGUAGCGACACCCUCUGGUCUGAUCACACCCAUUAUAUUCAAUGCUGAUUCCAUCGGGAUCAUCGAGAUAUCGAAGGAGAUGAAGAAGUUAGCAGCCAAAGCGAGGGAAGGAAAACUUCAGCCUCAGGAAUUUGUCGGAGGCACAGUCACAGUCUCCAAUCUAGGAAUGUUUGGUAUCGCAAACUUCACAUCUAUAAUCAACCCGCCUCAAUCUCUGAUACUGUCUGUCGGUGGACUGCAGGAUAUGAUGAUUCCAGAUAAAAAUGAACCACAAGGGUUCCGCUUCGCAAAGGUCAUGACAUUCACCGCGUCAGCUGAUCACCGCGUCAUAGACGGGGCGGUCGGCGCUCAAUGGAUGAAGGAAUUGAGAGAAAACAUCGAAGAUCCAGCCAACAUCAUACUGUAAACAAUACUGACUGACUCACACUACUAUGAGUUUUGAUACACUUCAUUUAAUGUAGAGAUUCAAUACUCUAUGAAUGUUUGACAACCCUGAACAUAUCCAUCUAUGGUUUUCAUGUUGUGUUUGACAACCCUGAACCUGUGUUUUUCAUAUCGUCUGGCCUAGUACAUAAUUCCAAUAAUCAAUCAAAACUCAUAGUAUGUGUUAAUACGUCAAGUUUAUUAUGGUUGUAACAGUGGAUAGUGUUUCUUUAACCCGUCUCAUGUUAUUGGUCGUACUUGCUGAUUGAUACUUUUGUCUGUCAGUUAUAACGCCACAUUGAGGAGAUUCUACUGUAAUUGUGGUAUAUUUGUUAAACAUGUAAAUGUAAGUUUUAAUUGAUUUUUAAUUAAAAAUUUAAAUAUAUAUAUAUAUAUAUAUAAUGUUAAUAUAAGUUCAAUCGGCAAGUUAUGAAAUUUGAAGGAGCUCUACAUCAUCCUAUAUUGUUUAUAUUUUUUAAUAUAAUUUAUUUUGUUUAUAAUAGUCUAAGAGCAAUUAGUAAAAAAAAUAUAUACAUUUAUACCACAUUUAUCAUCGAUAUCAUGGGAUUAUUUUAUUUAUCAUUAAGUUGAAAUCAUGGGAUCUAUCAUAUAAAUUGCAAUUUGAGAUAAAUUCUGUAGUUACGUACAUUUUUUUUAAAGCAAACAGUUUUUAUUGUACUUAUAGUAGCUCUGUAAAUCUCCACAUCUAAACCAUUCUGUCAUCUUGCAGUUGAGAUAUUUUUUUUUUUUUUACUUAUUUAUUUUUUUUAUUAUCUUAUAUCAUUAUAUGUAAAUAAUAGUAAUAUUAACGUUGAAUAUGUAUGGUUUGACGCUAGCUGAAUGGAAAUUUAGUGAAAAUAUAUUAAUAAUAAUACCUUUA